UAUUUAAUGUAAGUAUGAAUUGCAUUUAUUUGGUCCUUUACAAUUAUUUUUGUGUUCUGUAUGUUUUUUGUUUGUACACACAGAAUGCACAAUAAAUAUGCAGAGAAUAAAAUAAUAAUCUGUGAAUCAAAUAAUGCGCAAAAUUAAUAUUAUACUCGUAUGUAUGUAGUCAACGCAACGACAAAAAAAUUAACCGUAAGCAAUUAAAACGCCCCCACUAUGAUUUUUUUAUUACAAUGAACUUAACUUUUUUAAGUGAGUCCAUUUGUCCAAGAGAGAAGAAUUGCUUAAAACUUUUGAUAUACAUACAAACCAAAAAGGUGAAAACAUUCAUUUCGCUCAAGAACUAUUUACUAUAUAUAAAAUAAUGGGGAUAUAAAAACAAAUCCAUUUUUUUCUAAAGAACUUUAGAUAAACACAUAAAAUAUACAUACAUAUACAGUGUGCUCUGGUUAAAGUGAACGUAAUUUUUGCACAACAGACUGUGCAUAAUAUUCAUUUUCAUCAAGGUCCUAUUCUAUAUACGUAAUAGCCUUUUAUUACACAAGUGUACUCUAGAACAUGUUUCUAUGCAAUUUUGUGACAUAUUCGACAUAAAGUCUGCUAGGACAACGAAAAUCAUUGUAUGUAUGUAGAGUAUGAAGGCUUGGCCACUUAAUUUUGCUAGGUAUCUUAUAUAUUGACCAGUGCAUACGGUACAAUGCCAACCGAAACAUUGAAGUCUUACGCAGGCUAGAAGUGUUGACCCAUUUGUAUGUCACAACAUAUUAUUACAACAAAAAGAUGCUGCCGGAGUUGCAUUAAGAUAACCUCACAGAUAGAUUAGUCAUAGGCACUUUGUUCGACAUACUCGGUAUCUGUGAACUUGAAAAGUUAUAACGAAUGGACAGAUAGACGGAUUUCAACUCGUCUCGCCAUCCUGACAUGAUAAUAUAAUUCUAUAUAAAUCUCGAUUAGCUCGUUUAUAUGAACAAAACUAUUAUACUCUGCUGCAACUUGUUGCGAAAGUACGUAUAAGAAUAGACCGCUCAUCCAGGUGCGAGUGCACUGUAAGUAUGUAUGUACAUACAUAUGUAUGUAUAUCCCCACAGGCCAAUCAAACUUUACACAAAUCAAUUAUAUAAUAUGCAAUAUAUAUUAUAUUUUACCAAACUGCUUUCAGAAGAAUUAAUUUAACAACCCACUGAUUUUAACUUUAAAUAAUCGAGUUCAUUGGCUAUAAAUUAUAUUUUUUAGCUUUUAGUAGCUUGUCCCAACAUCUAUGUAUGUACAUACAUAUAUGUAUAAAGCGUUAAAGCGAAGAUUUUGAAGAAAUAUCCAUGCAACAAAGCAUUUUAUCGCGUUCGCAUACCUUUAUUUGCCUUUUGUAAAAACCGAAAUAAAAAUAUUGUGAUGAAAACAAAAAACAGGCGAAAGGCACAGCCUUUUAACACUUAAGUUAGUGCACAAAAAGCAAAAAAAAUACUUUUAUGCCAUUAUGUAAACAUUUAUCUAAACAUUGUAGACAUACACUUGCUCAAUAUUUUUACGUUUUUCGGAUACACUGAUAAUAUUCUUAGAUUCACAAAUUUCUUUAAUUACGCACGAUGUAUUUUUAACAAACAAACCUAUAGUUUUACAAAAAAUUCAAUUGGGCAUGUAAUAUUGGAUUAAAGUAUACAUCCGUGCGGAAUUGUUAGGAGAAAGAGGGAGGGGAGUAAACUGAUAUCGGCUUAAAACUCUAAAAUAGAGGGAAAGACAUAUUCACACACAUGCACAUUUACACAAACAGCGACAAAAUAUUGUAUAAACCACUCAAAUACUCAUUUAUAAGGAUGUCCACCGUUUAUGCUCAUUGUACUGUAAAACAGUAAUGUUUUAAUAAAUAUAAAAUUACGCAAUACAAAUAAAUAAUAUUAAAAUUUUUGAAUUUAAAGUAAACAAUAACAAACCCGUUAUGGACUUCAAGUAUUCAGCUAACUAACUGUUUUCAUAGGCUUUUGAUGAGACAUUUAUUUUCGAAAAGCUUUCGCUCAUCGGGUGCGCCAAUUCCAGGGAGGAAAAUUAAAACAAAAAACUAGUUUUUCGGUUUCGAUCAGCCACUCGGCAGCAACUAGUUCCUUUCAUUAGGAUUCGCACUCAAACAAAAAUAAAUAUUCCAUGAAUCUAACCUACAUUGCUACUAAGAAGAAAAAAUGCUUACUCCUCCCUUAUUUGAACACGAUUUACCAACAAGUUUCCACUCUGUUAUGAAUAUUGGUAUCCAUACAAGCAUACUGACAUACAUACUAUGUAUGUACAUAUAUGCCAACGUAUAUGAACCUAACAGUAAAUUCAACUAGUCCAAGCUAAUUGAUUCAAGCUCCAAUUUAUUUUCAAUACUCGUUCGGUGUUUCGGUCUGUUCUGUACUAUGAGAAAGUGGUGAAGUUGCCUUACGAAGCCUCUGAAAAUAUUACAUCGAAGAAAAGUAGGUCAUAAAAGUUGUUAGAACGUUAAUAAAAUAAUGAUAAAUAAUCCACAUAAUUUAUCCUUGAUUGUUUAGGCUUUCAGACUCGCACCACGCACACUAAACUCAUUAAAAUUUUCUUUAAACAGCAAGAUUUUGUAAUAAUUAACAAAUCACGAUUGGUACAAAUCAGAAUUCAGAGUCUCCAAUUUCGCAAAAGAGUUGAAAAUAUUUUUAAUCAGUUUCUUAUCUAGAUUAAGUUCAAACUUUCGCAUUCUCUCAGAAGAAAUGUGUUACGAGAACACCUCUUCUUCCGGCGAGAAAGUCAGUACUUUCAUUGUUGAUAAUCGUAUUGGCAUUUUUUCAAAUUAAAGGCUUUUUGAGCCUGGAAUCGCUGUUAGUUCGAUCUCAAUUGAAAUUUUCUAUCUACAUUACAAUUCAGGGUAAUCUGUAUUAGGUAUAUCAAUUAUGUUUUAUAUACAUACUUGUGGCUUUUAAAUUAAACAAAAGCUCAAUCAGUCCAAUACACGCACUUGUCUUCCCUUUGUGUCGAACCAUCACUUACUUGUACUUACAUAUGUGUGUGUAGAAAUUCUGUUCCGACAGAGUGCUCCACUCUCAGUUCAGAGCAGCGUCUUUUGUGGACGCGCACAGUUACGAGUAGACUUCCCGAGCUGUGUUAUCACCUACGGCGCUGCAGUCGCAAUAAGUCCGCCAAUUCCAUCAGACGAAGUGCGCCAUUAGUUUUAGAUUCGAAAGUAAUCAGAGCGAUUCAGACGUUCCGUUACCGCGUGUACAUGCUUACAAACGUUUGUGCUAAGAACUGUGAUAUAAAUGUAGAGUGAAAGUAGAAAAGAAUCAAAUUAAUUAUGUUACAUUGCUAAAUAUAAGACGAAUCUGCCUGCGGCAAAACUCGCUAACAAUUUAAUUGAACGUAAACAGGAUUCAACAAAACAUACAAGCAAGUUUAAUCUCAGUGCCAUUUUAAACAGCCGACUUGCAACUAGUUGUAAAAUCAGUAAGAAAACAGCAUGGUUUUGGAACAUCCAAUCGUAGACACAAACAACCCAAAUACUAGAGAAAUGAGAUCGAAUACGACACCAGUGAUACCAACAGUAAGAUGUAAUCCAUCAUACAGCCAACAGGAUUGUAUUGAGGUUGAAUUUCCCAGGCUCUCUACAAGCUGCGACCAUGCUAUCAAUGAGCGUCUGCUGAUUUGCUGUCCAAUAAGGGUGAACGAUGGCAAUGACCGCCUGACUACUACAACUAGUAAAGAAACACUCACAAUGUUUGAUAGCCGUAAUGCCACGAGAACGUCGAAUCGUCUUAUCUCUAAUGAAUCGGCCGACUCGAUAGGUUCGAACUCGAUAGAUAAGAAGACGCCAGCGGUACCUGAUGGUGGUUACGGCUGGAUCAUUGUAAUAGCCUCACUCAUUGUUUCUCUAAUCGCUGAUGGUUUAGGGUUCUCAUUUGGUCUGAUUAAUUCUGAAUUGUUAAAUUACUUUGGAGAAUCCGCUUCAAAGACGGCGUGGAUUAGUUCGUUAUUCUUUUCGGUACCACUAUUAAUGGGACCGAUUUGGUCGAAUCUAGUUGAUAAGUAUGGCUGUCGUAAAAUGACCAUAUUUGGAGGUUUUCUAUCAGCCGUCGGAUUUGGUCUCUCCUCACUUUGUAACUCUGUGGAAAUGUUGAUGUUGACAUUUGGUAUCAUUUCUGGUUUGGGUCUGGGAAUAGGAUAUGUAACAGCAGUUGUAUCAAUCGCUUUUUGGUUCGAUAAGAAACGAACAUUCGCUACUGGCAUUGCUGCGUCUGGCACGGGAAUCGGCACAUUAUUAUAUGCACCUCUGACCCAAUGGCUUAUUGAUAGCUACGGUUGGAGAAUAGCCACAUUAAUUCUCGCCGGUACUAUGCUGAACACUUGCAUCUGUGGUGCAUUAAUGCGUGCUCCCGAUUGGAUAAAUGGAGAAAAAAAAUUAGAAAAGGAAACUCGUUCACAAAGUUUACCCACAUCUCCCAUUUCUAUUAUAAACCAUAAAGAAAAUCCAACGAAGCAAACGUUAAAUGAUAUGAUUUUGACUAAAAGUAAUGCAAAUCUAAGAAAAGAAAUCCAUGAUACCAAUUACAUGAAACGUUUAUAUAGCGAGAUGCUCAUUCCUACCUUCUUGGGAUCUCAAAAUUUAGAUCACGAGUGUAAAGUCAGUAGUCUGUAUCCGCAUUUGUCACAACGAUUUAGAGACGAUAUGAAAUCUUCUUCUCAUGGAAAUAUGCCAUCUUUAACAUCACAUGGACCCAAGAAAACAGCAGUCAUUAUAGAGUCCCAAAUUAACGCACUCAUGGGUGACAUUACUGAGACUACAAUUGAAGUCGAGCAGUUAAAUAUAGAAUCUAUUGACGCCGAGUAUAAUAAACAGUUAUCAAAUGAGACUGCCCGUAGAUUAAAUAAUAACGGUUCUUCACUAAUUUUGGAAGAUAAUGUAAAAAAUCUGACUAAUUGUACAAAUAUUUUGAAGCUGGAAAAUGAUGUUUUCAAAGACUCAAAACAUUAUGUAGAAGCUCAUAGCCCACCAAUGAAGUUAAUAUCGCGCUUGAAUCUACGACAAACUAGCUCAAUACCAAGUGCCAAUCUCCAGAAGAAUAUGCGAAUACACAAUAAUAUCUCACGUGACCGUAGUACAACCUUGAAACCAUAUUUUCGCCGUACGACUUCCUGUCCGAAUAUCUUUCGGCACUCGACAGCGGUACAUGCAAAGGUGAAAGAAGACACUUGGUACGAAUAUGCGGUUGGCGCCAUGAAAUCGACGUUUAAUUUCUCAUUAUUUGCAAAUGCGAAAUUUACACUAUUUAAUUUGUCAAUAUUAUUUUUGUUCAUUUGGUUCAUGAUACCAUAUCUUUAUCUGCCGGAGCAUAUGAAAAUCCACGGUUACGAAGCAGUGGACAGUGCGCAUAUGAUUUCGGUUAUUGGAAUCGCGCAAACCAUAGGCAUGAUCGGUCUGGGUUAUGUGGGUGAUCGUUCUUGGAUGAAUGUGAAUAUCUGCUAUUCGGCGUGUAUGGUAGUUUGUGGAAUCGCGGUGCUUCUAAUGCCACUCGUGGUGAACACCUAUGUUGGACUCUUGCUAGCUUGUAUAGCCUUCGGUUUCACAUUCGCCAGUUCUUAUUCGCUUACGCCAAGCAUUUGCGUCAGAAUUGUGAAUUUAGAAGAUUUUACUCGCGCCUAUGGUUUGGUGCUGUUGGUUCAAGGCGUCGGUAUGAUAGUGGGACCACCGAUUGCUGGCGCAAUUUUUGAAAUGACGCUGAGAUGGGACGACGCAUUCUAUUUCGCCGGAGCGUUUAUAGUCUUAUCUGGAGCGGCCUCCUACCUGAUAGAAUUCUGCGACAAGGGAGAGAAAGUCAGAUCCAGUGAUGUAUCCGAAAUAUAGAAAUUUUUUUGGCUGACAAAUUUGUUAUAGUUUCUAAGUUUUUUGUAAUUUAUUAUAUCUACCUCAGGAGAAAUACACGUUAGUUUUUAUUGUCAUUCAUCUAA